UCUGUUAUCGCCAAGACCCUUCAGAAUGAAGCUGAUGUUUUUCUCAUAGAUUCGAAGGAAUUUUUUGAGAUCACUUGGGCAAGCUUGAGGGCAAUGGUUGAACCUUCAUUUGCGGAGAGAACGGUGAUUAACCACUCUGAAUACCUUCCUAAUGUUCAUGUUAUUACAUCUCCUGCAACUAGCAUCACUCAAAAUGAGGUCAUGACUUCACAAGGCCAUGUAAUUUCAUACGAUUAUCUUGUCAUCGCCACUGGACAUGUAGAUCCUGGUCUGCGUACAAAAGCUGAGAGGCUCAAUCACUACCAAGCAGAGCAAGAAAAGAUAAAGUCGGCAAAAUCAAUAUUGAUUGUUGGGGGAGGGCCUAGUGGUGUAGAAUUAGCUGCUGAGAUCAUAGUGGACUUUCCUGACAAGAAGUUGACCCUGGUGCACAGGGGAUCAAGGCUACUUGAGUUUAUCGGUGAAAAGGCUGGAACAAAAGCCUUGCAGUGGCUGACUUCAAAGAAGGUCGAAGUCAUCUUGGGUCAGUCAGUAAAGCUCAACUCCGGAGCGGAGGGUGCGUACGAGACGUCAGGUGGCGAGAAGAUUAUUGCCGAUUGCCAUUUCCUUUGCACCGGCAGCCCACUUGGUUCGUCUUGGCUAAAGGAGACCAUUUUGAAGGACAGCUUAGACAUGCAUGGGAGGCUGAUGGUCGAUGCAAAUCUAAGGGUCAAGGGUCACACCAACAUCUUUGCUAUCGGCGAUAUUACUAAUAUUCCUGAACUCAAACAAGGAUACUCGGCUCACGCGCACGCAUCAAUUGCUGCUAAGAACUUGAAGUUGUUAAUGCGGGAAGAAAGCAAGAGCAAGCUGUCAACUUAUAAGCCGGGCCCACCAAUUGCACUCGUUUCACUUGGCAGAAGAGAGGGAGUGGUGCAAAUUAUGUGCCUGACUAUGUGUGGCCGCAUUCCUGGAAUCAUAAAAUCGGGGGACUUGUUUGUGGGGAAAACCCGCAAGCAACUUGGUCUAGAACCCCACUAAGCACAGCCUUCUGUAGCUCACAAAUAUUCCAAUUUCACUUGUGUUUUAAUACUGAAUUGUUAUGUAUAACAAUGCAGUAGUGAAGGAUACAUUUAUAAUUGCAUGCAGAGAAUAUUGUACACAAGUAAAUGUGUCAGAUAUACGAUCGGAUCUUAUUUCUGUCUUCUCUAAUUUUACAAUUUUUUGGAUAAUUGUGUUACAGCAAAGCGUAUUGUGUAAACAUGAGCCUAGGAACUCAGCCAAAUAGACUAAUUCUCAAGUUAAAAUCACUUUACCUUAUGUAAGAAUCAACAAAUCAAGCAUAAGGAAUGUUGACAUCCACAUGGAUAAACUAUUUUUCAUACAACACGUGUCCGUUAACCGAGUCACAUAAAAUCCCUAAGAGCAUCUCCAACCCACCCGGUAAACUCAGU